GCGUCGCCGCCAUCCGGCGAUGGGCCGCGCGCGCCGGUCCACUUCGAGCCGCUGGGGGCGGACGACGAGGAGGCGGGCGGCCUCUCGCGGGAGUGCGCCGACGUGGACCAGGACACCGUGCUGCGCGACACGUGGCAGGCCUCCACGAUCGCUGGCCUCGAGGAGCCGACCCUGCUGAUCGACGCCAGCGCGCAGGAGCCGACCGUCUAUUUGGACGGCCCGCCGCAGGACGGGACUGUUUACCUGGACGGUCCGCCGCAGGACGCCACCGUCUACGCGGACGCCGACGACAGGGGGGACUCGCGGGAGCACUGCACCCCAGCGAGCGCGCUGUUGGUCCGCGAGAGCUUCUCGGAAUUGCCCGCGCUGUUCGAGGCUGCGGAGGAGCUGCUCAUUAUGGGCGCCAACGUGAAUGCGUGGAGCAGCUGGACGGUCCUCCACCAGUGGAUCGACGAGCAGGUGGCCGGCGGGGGGCUAGAGGCGAAGCCACAUGCCUUUUGCCUCCAGGAGACCAGGCUGAAGAGCGAAGCAGCGCUGAUUUCGGCGCGCAGCCAGGCAGCCCUCGCCAACAGGAGAAUCACGCUGGGCAAGGCGUGCUCGACUGGCCGCGGGGCCCUGGAGAGCUCGGGCGGGGUCGCAGUCAUGGCGCACCGCGGGAUUGCUUCGGCGGCCGAGCGUCUGGACGUUGGGGACCUCGGGCACCGGAUAUGUGGGCGCCGCCUCGGUGCAGCAGUGCCGGGCGGAGUGGUGCUUCUGUCCGUAUACUGUGAGCACAGCGUGGGAGCGGCGGGGAACGCCGAGCUCCUCGAGCGCCUGGCCAGGAUCACCCUCAGCCUCGAUGCCAUGUGGGUCAUCCAGGCGGACUGGAACAUGACGGGGGUGGAACUCGAGGCAUCAGGCUUCGUUGCCCUGGUGCGCGGCGCGGAAGAAGAGGCAGGCCGCACCAUAGACUUCUUCGUCAUGUCGCAGGCCCUGCGGAGCUGUGUGCGCUCCGUCCAGGCGCUCCCAGAGGCACCGCUACAUCCGCACGCCCCGAGACUGGUCAAGCUGGCGGGGCUGCGCAGCGACCAAGUGGUGCCCAGGCCGCUCCGCUUCAAGGCCUUCUGUCACACCCCGCUCAUAGGGCCCAAGCAGGACCAGCUGUCAUUUGCCUGGAGCUGGGAGGCUGGGCGGUCCGGCGAGGCUCCGCUGGAAAUCAUGGUCAAGGAGUGGUUUGCCUUUGCGGAGCAAACGCUCGUCCAGGACCAAGGGAUCGAGGCAGAGGACGCUCACAAAUACAUAGGCCGCUGCACCGGCCCCCAGCUAAAGCAGGUAAGGCUGGAGGACCUGUGGCAUCGUGAAGACCGCGGGAGGUUCUCGAGCUCGACCAUCGCCUGGAUCAGCCUUCUGUCGCUGCUCGGGAAGGCGGCGACAGCGGCCUCCAACCAUCCUGGCCCCAGGGUUGGGGCGGCCCCAUCCAGCUUCCGCAGGGGCAAGGGCUCAUCCUUGCUUCAGCAGUGGAAGCGUAAGCUGCUAGCGAUGGCCGAGGAGUUGGACUUCUCCGAGGCGGUGCUGACCAAGCCUCGCCUCCUCGAGCUUGUCGAGGUGGCGACGAGCCCAGGAGGCUGGGAAGCUGCGGGCUUCGGCGAGCACGACGGCAACGGCUGCAGCGUUGCCCCAGGAGGACCGCGGGCCCGCGGGCUCAAUGAGAGCAGCGCCCUGGCGGGCGCUGCCAUCGCUCCCUGCAGAGGUGCAGCUCCGACUGGUGGCGGGGAGGUCCUUCGGCGCCGCGCCAGGGACGCCACGCAGCGAAGCCAGGGUUGGAAGGCCUGGGUGCAGAAGGCGGCGCAAGGAGGUGGGCGGCUGGCCCACCGCUACGCCAGGCGCAAGGACGAGGACACCGGGGAGCUCAAGGACGUCUGCGCCAGCCUCAGCAGCCUGCUACAGGACUUCGGGCGGCUCGGGCUUCCCUUAUCACCAGGCAAGAGCAAGUACCUUGCCUCUGACGCGGAGCUCGACGAGCAGCUGCAGCAGGCCUGGGCCUUUCCGGGCUCGUCGAGGGUCCUUGCGAUGAAGGCCCUGGGCACCAACCGCACGCUGGCGGCCAGGCGCUCGGUGGCGGCCCAGGCCACGAGGGAGGUCGAGGCACUCCGCCGCAGCAGGCGAUACGGGACCCUUCGGCGCGGAGGCCUCGGCGAUGCGGGCAUGCUGCAGCGGAUGGGGGCUUCCGCCUCGGCCCUGUGGGGUACAGCCACCGCUGGACUGGCGGACGGCGAGGGCGCUGCCCCUGCAGCCGCCGCGGACGGCGACGUCAUGCGCGAAGCUCCCGUCAGGGAGAGCCAGGCAGAGGCUGGGGCGGUGGCAGGCCCGUCCAGGUGGGGCGUGCCGCUCGCGCCGGAAGCGGCGGCGGCCCCAGUUGAUACCAAGCAUGGGGCAGCCUCCCAGGGCUCAGACGCCUUCGGCUUCGGCGUCGACGACUUCAGCGAGGAGAUGGCCCUUGCAAAGGAGCAGCCCCCCGAGAAUGCAUGCGAGGGCAGCGGGCCGGUCGGCGACACGGGUCCUGCAGGCCCAGCCGGAGGCGCGGCUGCCAGUCCCCAAAGCCAGGAGGGACGCGUCCCAGGGCACGUGGAGCUGCACUUUGGCCUCGACGACCAGGUCCUGGCCAGGCAUGCGUGGAGGGCUAGAGGGCACGCUCUCCUGCGCUGCCGAGUGGCGGAAAACCCCCAGAUGCGCUUCGUGUUCUGCCUGCGGUGCGGCGGGGUUUUGGCGGGCCGCAAGCCCGGCAAGCUGCUCAAGAACUGGUGCCGAGGGCGGGAGUCCAGCGCAGGCAAAGAGCAGCUACGGCUGGUGCGCCUGUUGCGCUGGCCCCACUACGGCAAGGGGAGACAAGGUGGAGCGCUCGAGGGGCCCUUUGCCCUAGGGCCCGAGGAGCAGCUGCAGCUCGCAGGCGACCUCCUGCUGGAAGGGGACCUGCCCGCGGCAGCGAGCGGCGGGCAUCGCGCUGCUGCUGGCGACGAGCGCCUUCCCGCCACGCCGGCGGAUGCGCCAGGGCCCCAGGGCAGGCGGUCCGAGCCGAGGGCGGCGCGUCUCUUCGUGCUCCGCUGCUACGGGCUCUCGGAGGACGACCUCGAGGAGGUCCGCCGUGUCGGCCGCGAGGCGGCCCGCGCCCAGGCUGCCGACGCCUCCGACACAGUCUCCGAGGAGGCGGAGCUCGUGGGCUAG